AUGACCUCCAAAACAACUCUUCUCCUCCACACCCACUCUGAGGUCUCAAACCACCAUGCAAUCACUACAGUGGACAAUGGAGCCAUUAUGAACAAGGUUAGCAUUGCCUUCCUCACCAUCAUUAUUCUCCUCGGGACCAUUGGGAACUCUUUGGUCAUCUGGGUGGCCGGCUUCCGUAUGAAACCCAAAGUCACUAACAUAUGGCUGGUGAAUCUCGCUGUAGCAGACCUGAUCUUCUGCCUGACACGAGUCAUAUCACUCAUCUCAAGUCUGUUCUUCGACUACUGGCCUUUUGGAGUUUUUCUCUGCAAGUUCAAUGGUUUUUUCAAGUAUGCCAACAUGUUCUGCAGUGUUUUUCAUCUGGCUGUCAUCAGUGUGGAUCGAGCUCUCUGUAUCUGGCGUCCAGUGUUCACCAGAGAACACCGGACGUUAAGUGCUGCUCGUGUGGUCAGUGUGGGAGUUUGGAUUGUGGCAGUGAUGUUCAGCUCACCGUACUUUGUGUACCGACAGGUCUUCCUUGAAAAGAACAACUUGAGCCACUGCUCAUUCAAGGUGAAAGGAGAAGAAGAAGCACGUGGCAGUUCAGCAAACUGCUGUUGGGAUACGCAGAACACGGCUCUCUGGAAAAUCAAGGCCUCUUCGGAUUCUUGUCUUUUUGGUCUGUGCCUUUUUCUUAUGCUGGGCCCCCUAUCACGUUCUAGGACUGGUCAAGUUGGUGAAUAGAAACAACAAGGCAGUAAAAGAAGGAUGGACUAUGGUUUCAAACUUAGCCUAUUUCAACAGCUGCAUUAACCCGGUUCUGUAUUUCUGCAUGGGAUUGGAUUUUAGUCGAUGCUGCAACCAAAGUUUGUCUGGGAUUUUUCGCAGAGCUCUUAUGGAGGAAGGCCAAAAUCUCUCACAUCAAGGGACUAGAGAAAAAAACUGUAAUUUCAUUCCAAAGACUGCAGAUACUGAGUGUGAAACUAAAGUUUAAGAGAUUAAUAUCUAACAUCAAGGUUAGUAUCUAACAAAAACAAAAAGUUAACGCACCUCAGUGUCUUCUAGCUAGCUUGAAUCAGUAGAUGGAGACUUUAUAUUGCAAAAUGCUGAAACUA